CGUCUCGCAGCAAGCGUGUCGAGCCAGUACGUCAGCAGCAUCCUUCUCUGCGCGCCGUAUGCAAGGGAGGCGGUGACUCUCGAACUCGUGGGUGGCGCUGUUAUCUCGCAGCCAUACAUCGACAUGACAAUCGCGAUGAUGCGCACAUUCGGAGUGAUUGUCACGCGCGACCCAGGAACCGACGUCUACCGAAUUCCUCAGGGCACAUACGUGAACCCCGCCCAAUACGCGAUUGAAAGCGACGCGAGUAGCGCGACGUACCCGCUUGCUAUUGCUGCCAUUACGGGGACAACAUGCACGCUCGAGAACAUCGGAAGCGCAAGUUUACAGGGUGAUGCUCGUUUCGCCGUAGACGUCCUUGCACGCAUGGGGUGCGAUGUGGUGCAGACUGCAAAUGAGACGACCGUCACUGGUCCGAAGAGGGGCGAGCUGAAAGCGAUUGGAGAGGUGGAUAUGGAGCCGAUGACGGAUGCGUUUUUGACAGCGUGUGCCCUUGCUGCCGUUGCGCAGGGCGGGGAGGGGAAUACGACAAGGAUCGUUGGGAUUGCAAACCAGAGAGUGAAGGAGUGUAAUCGUAUCAAGGCAAUGAUUGAUCAAUUGGCCAAAUUCGGCGUGCAGACCAAAGAACUGGAUGAUGGACUCGAGGUGUACGGUCGCCCAUUCAACACCCUCACCCGUGGCGCGAGCAUACACUGCUAUGACGACCACCGUGUCGCGAUGGCGUUCAGCGUCUUAAGUACCAUCGUACCCGACACAAUCAUCGAGGAGAAACGUUGCGUCGAAAAGACAUGGCCCAACUGGUGGGAUGAUUUGGAGAACAAGAUAGGCAUCAAAGUUGGGGGCAUCGAGCUCCCGCAUGCUGAGAGCUCCACCGCUGCUACUUCUGGGACACCCUCCCCUGCAGCCUCUGCAUCCGUGAUCCUCAUUGGCAUGCGCGGUUCAGGCAAGACACACGUCGGAACACUCGCGAGCGCUGCUCUCUCUUGGCCAUUCAUUGAUGCAGACCAUUUCUUCGAAGCCAAACACAACAUUAGCGUACGCGAGUUCGUACAUGUCAACGGGUGGCCUGCAUUCCGUGCCGCAGAGACGGAGAACUUGAAGCAGAUCAUUCAAGAGGCUGGAACGGGACACGUGGUCAGCAUGGGUGGUGGGAUUGUGGAGACGCCUGAAGCCAGGGAUAUUUUGAAGAACUACGCAAAGACGGGUCCGGCCGUGCAUGUCCUGAGGAACAUCGAGGAGAUUGUGAGCUACCUUGGUGAUGAAAACGCACGUCCUGCGUACGGCGAGCCGAUUACCGAGGUAUUCAAACGACGGGAGCCAUGGUUUAUUAAAUGCGCCAAUUACGAUUUCAUCAACCAUAUCACCGUUGACGGCGGUGAGGCAACCAACGCAGAGAUUUCUCGUUUCUUCAAGCACAUUACAGGCCAGCCGAACCUCGCGGAGAAUGUUGCUGCUGGGAAGCGUAGCUACUUCUUGUCGCUCACAUACCCCGAUGUGGUGCCCGCUUUGCGCCACAUGCCAGACCUCACAACGGGUGUUGAUGCUGUAGAGUUGCGUGUGGAUCUACUCCGCGCCCCUGACGCAUUGGCCUCCAUCCCUUCGCAAGCUUACGUCUCCGCACAAGUCGCUUCGCUACGCCGGGCGACGAGUCUUCCGAUUAUAUUCACUGUGCGCACGAUAGGCCAGGGCGGUGCGUUCCCGGACAACUCAGAGAAAGACGCGUUUGAGCUUCUUGGGCUUGCACUGCGACUUGGAGUGGAGUAUGUUGAUGUGGAGAUCUCUGCAUCUGAGAAGCUCAUUACAGAACUCGCCGCUCGCAAGGGAUUCUCCCAAAUCAUCGCAUCGUGGCACGACUGGAGUGGAAAGAUGAAGUGGAACGAAGAUGUGGUGAGAAGCAAGUACGCGCUUGCGAGCCAACUCGGGGACAUUGUGAAGAUCGUCGGAAAGGCAGACACUUUGCAGGACAACUUUGCGUUGCAUGAUUUCGUUGCGAGGGCUAACCUGCAGCGAGGCGCCAAACCGAUCAUUGCGAUCAACAUGGGUGUGGAGGGUCAGAUGUCACGUAUACUGAAUGCGACUUUGAGCCCUGUGACACACCCACUUCUCCCCUCGAAGGCAGCACCUGGCCAGCUUUCCUUUGCGCAGAUUCAGAAAGCGUUGAACCUGCUGGGUCAGCUUCCUGCGAGACGCCACUUCUUGUUCGGAAAUCCCAUAGCUCAUUCCAUGUCCCCGACUCUUCACAACGCUGGAUUUGAGGUCCUCGGGCUUCCCCACACUUAUGAGCUUCUCGAGACAACUAACGUUGGUGAAGAAAUCAAAGCCACCUUGGCUGCUCCUGACUUUGGAGGCGCCUCUGUUACCAUUCCCUUCAAACUCGACGUCAUACCCCUGCUUGACAAGCUUUCGCCAGCCGCUGAAGCUAUCGGGGCUGUGAACACCAUCAUACCGGUCAUCGAAGGAGGCAACCGUAUCCUCCGCGGUGACAACACCGACUGGCUUGGGAUUCGUGAAUCCAUCCGCUCUCGUGCGCCAUCUAUCGGUGCACCCGCUGCCGCCCUCGUUAUCGGCGCAGGAGGGACCGCCAGGGCCGCCAUCUUUGCGCUUCAGUCCCUAGGGGCUCAGCGCAUCUACCUGUUCAACCGAACUGCAAGCAAGGCGCAAGUGCUUGUCGAAGCGUUCCCUGACGCCCCCGUCAAGCUGAUCGAGACCCUUGAUGUCUGGCCUGCUGAGGGGCCUGCGCCAACUGUCAUCAUUUCCACCGUCCCAGUAAGUGCGACAACUACCGACAGCACUAACCCAGGUGUACUCCUUCCGCUGGCGUUGUUUGACGCGACUGUGAACGGCGUGGUCGUGGACAUGGCAUACAAACCCGCAGAGACACCUCUUAUCACGCUCGCGAAGAGUGCAGCUCCCAAUUGGGCAAGGGUUAUGGGGGUUGAGGUGCUCCUGGAGCAGGGUUAUGCGCAAUUUGAAACUUGGACGGGACGCAGAUGCACGAAGCAUGUCGUAUCGAAGAGUGUGUUGGAGAAAUAUUUUGAAACUGCCUAG